AUGGAAUAUGGGAGAAGGGGAUGGAAUCUGGGAGAAGGGGAUGGAAUCUGGGAGAAGGGGAUGGAAUCAGGGAGAAGGGGAAGGAAUCUGGGAGAAGGGGAUGGAAUCUGGGAGAAGGGGAUGGAAUCUGGGAGAAGGGGAUGGAAUCUGGGAGAAGGGGAUGGAAUCUGGGAGAAGGGGAUGGAAUCUGGGAGAAGGGGAUGGAAUUUGGAGAAGGGGAUGGAAUCUGGAGAAGGGGAUGGAAUCUGGGAGAAGGGGAUGGAAUCUGGGAGAAGGGGAUGGAAUCUGGGAGAAGGGGAAGGAAUCUGGGAGAAGGGGAUGGAAUCUGGGAGAAGGGGAUGGAAUCUGGGAGAAGGGGAUGGAAUCUGGGAGAAGGGGAUGGAAUCUGGGAGAAGGGGAUGGAAUCUGGGAGAAGGGGAUGGAAUCUGGGAGAAAGGGAUGGAGUCUAAGAGAAGGGGAUGGAAUUUGGGAGAAGGGGAUGGAAUCUGGGAGAAGGGGAUGGAAUCUGGGAGAAGGGGAUGGAAUAUGGGAGAAGGGGAUGGAAUCUGGGAGAAGGGGAUGGAAUCUGGGAGAAGGGGAUGGAAUCUGGCAGAAGGGGAUGGAAUCUGGGAGAAGGGGAUGGAAUCAGGGAUAAGGGGAUGGAAUCUGGGAGAAGUGGAUGGAAUCUGGGCGAAGGGGAUGGAAUCAGUGAGAAGGGGAUGGAAUCUGGGAGAAGGGGAUGGAAUCUGGGAGAAGGGGGCAAAUCUGGGAGAAGGAGAUGGAAUUUGGGAGAAGGGGAUAGAAUCUGGGAGAAGGGGAUGGAAUCUGGGAGAAGGGAGAAGGGGAUGGAAUCUGGGAGAAGGGGAUGGAAUCUGGGAGAAGGGAUGGAAUCAGGGAGAAGGGGAUGGAAUUAGGGAGAAGGGGAUGGAAUUGGGGAGAAGGGGAUGGAAUCAGGGAGAAGGGGAUGGAAUCUGGGAGAAGGGGAUGGAAUAUGGGAGAAGGGGAUGGAAUCUGGGAGAAGGGGAUGGAAUCUGGGAGAAGGGGAUGGAAUUUGGAGAAGGGGAUGGAAUCUGGAGAAGGGGAUGGAAUCUGGGAGAAGGGGAUGGAAUCUGGGAGAAGGGGAUGGAAUCUGGAAGAACGGGAUGGAAUCAGGGAGAAGGGAUGGAAUUUGGGAGAAGGGGAUGGAAUCUGGGAGAAGGGGAUGGAAUCUGGGAGAAGGGGAUGGAAUCUGGGAGAAGGGGAUGGAAUCAGGGAGAAGGGGAAGGAAUCUGGGAGAAGGGGAUGGAAUCUGGGAGAAGGGGAUGGAAUCUGGGAGAAGGUGAUGGAAUCUGGGAGAAGGGGAUGGAAUCUGGGAGAAGGGGAUGGAAUCUGGGAGAAGGGGAUGGAAUCUGGGAGAAGGGGAUGGAAUCUAGGAGAAGGGGAUGGGGUCUAAGAGAAGGGGAUGGAAUUUGGGAGAAGGGGAUGGAAUCUGGGAGAAGGGGAUGGAAUCUGGGAGAAGGGGAUGGAAUAUGGGAGAAGGGGAUGGAAUCUGGGAGAAGGGGAUGGAAUCUGGGAGAAGGGGAUGGAAUCUGGGAGAAGGGGAUGGAAUCUGGGAGAAGGGGAUGGAAUCGGGGAUAA